AGGAUGAGGAGGCUGGACACAGAGACACGCUGCAGGUUUCUACUGGGGACCAUUUUUGACUUUUUAAUGCACACAAGGACUCGCCGUUAGCUGCUGCUGGUCUUCACACCUUAACAUUAGAGUAACCUUUGUCCUUUAAACAGAGUCUGGCAAAAUGUCGCUUACCGUGGCAGCUCUCAGCAGAGGACCGAUGACGGAGUUUGAGGAGAAGCUCCGUCAGCAGCAUGAAGACUCCAUGCAUCGGGAGCUGGAGGCUUUGCUGGCCACCGCCAGCAAAGCCGAUGCAGAGGUCUCCAGGAAAGACUUUGAGGGCUUCAAGAAUCUCUUCCACAGAUUCCUGCAGGUCAAAGGUCCCUCGGUGGACUGGGCCAAGAUCAACCGGCCGCCUGAGGAGUCGAUCCAGCCUUAUGAUAAGAUCAAGGCGAAGGGACUCCCUGAAAACAUCACCUCCUGCCUCAACAAGCUCGCUGUGGUCAAACUCAACGGAGGUCUGGGAACCAGCAUGGGCUGUAAGGGCCCCAAGAGUCUGAUCAGCGUCCGCAACGAGAACACCUUCCUGGACCUGACCGUGCAGCAGAUCGAGCAUCUCAACAAAACCUUCAAUACCGACGUGCCGCUGGUCCUCAUGAACUCUUUCAACACAGACGAGGACACGAACAAGAUUCUGCAGAAAUACAAACACCACCGGGUCAAGAUCCACACGUUCAACCAGAGCAGAUAUCCGAGGAUCAACAAGGAAUCUCUGCUGCCGAUUGCUAAGAGCAUGGGCGUGAACGGCGAGAACACGGAGGCCUGGUACCCGCCAGGUCACGGAGACAUCUAUGCCAGCUUCUGCAACUCCGGGGUUCUGGACAAACUCCUCGCCGAGGGGAGGGAAUACAUCUUCGUGUCAAACAUCGACAACCUGGGCGCCACCGUGGACCUCUUCAUCCUCCACCACCUGAUGAGCCAGCCGGCCGACAGGCGCUGCGAGUUCAUCAUGGAGGUCACGGACAAGACCAGAGCUGACGUCAAGGGUGGAACUCUGAUCCAGUACGAGGAUCAUCUGAGGCUGCUGGAGAUCGCUCAGGUCCCCAAAGCCCAUGUGGACGAGUUCAAAUCCGUCACAAAGUUCAAGAUCUUCAACACCAACAACCUGUGGAUCUCCCUGCCCGCCAUCAAGCGGCUGCAGGAGAAGAACAGCAUGGACCUGGAGAUCAUCGUAAACCCAAAGACAUUAGAUGGUGGCCUGAACGUCAUCCAGCUGGAGACGGCUGUGGGAGCCGCCAUUAAGAGCUUCAAAAACGCCAUGGGUGUGAACGUCCCCCGCAGCCGCUUCCUGCCCGUGAAGACCUCAUCUGACCUCCUGCUGGUCAUGUCUAACCUGUACAGCCUGGACGCCGGCUCGCUCACCAUGAGCAAGAAAAGGGAGUUCCCCACGACGCCGCACGUCAAGCUGGGCAGCUCCUUCACCAAGGUUCAGGACUUCCUGACCAGGUUUGAAAACAUCCCAGAUAUGCUGGAGCUGGAUCACCUCACCGUGUCUGGAGACGUGACCUUUGGGAAGAACGUCUCUCUGAAGGGAACCGUCAUCAUCAUCGCCAACCACGGCGACCGGAUCGACAUUCCAGCAGGAGCGAUGCUGGAGAACAAGAUCGUCUCUGGAAACCUGAGGAUCCUGGAUCACUGAGGAACCAGAUAGAGGCUGCGUGCACAAAGAGAUUCCUGCUCUGCAGAUGAAGGGUGGCGCUGAUGCUGUAUGAUCACUGUGAAUGUUUAGGUCAGGUCGGUCCUGCUGAUGUUUCUAUGCAGACCUUCGGUUCUUCGCCAGGGAACCUUCUGUUACUGCAGACACUCGCUGCCAGAUGUGGUACAUGUUCUCCUCAAUAAAACUGUAGGAGUUUGGUCA